AUGUCUCUUCCCGACUUCUCUUCCGCUGCCAACCUCGCCAAGCUCGACGGCUUCCUUGCCGACAAGUCCUACGUUGACGGCCACUCAGCCUCGCAGGCCGACGUCGCCGUUUACGAGGCUAUCGGUAAGGCCCCCGAGGCUGACAAGUACUCGCACGUUGCCCGCUGGUACGAACACAUCGCCUCGUACGAGGCUGAGCACAAGGACUUGACUGGUGACAAGGCAAAGGCCGCAUCGUUGCUCUCGUCCACCUUCGCCGCCCCCGCUGCGGCUGCCGGUGGUGACGACGACGACGAUGUUGACCUUUUCGGUUCCGACGACGAGGUCGACGAGGAGGCUGAGCGUAUCAAGGCCGAGCGUGUCGCCGAGUACAACAAGAAGAAGGCUGCCAAGGGUCCCGGCCCCGCUGCCAAGUCGCUCGUCACGCUCGACAUCAAGCCCUGGGAUGAUGAGACCGACAUGAAGGAGCUCGAGGCUUCGGUCCGUGCUAUCGAGAUGGACGGUCUCGUUUGGGGUUCCUCCAAGCUCGUCGCCAUCGGCUACGGUGUUAGCAAGCUCCAGUGCUCGCUCGUUGUCGAGGACGCCAAGGUUUCGCUCGAUGAGCUCCAGGAGCGCAUCGCCGACGAGUGCGAGGACUACGUCCAGUCCACCGAUGUCGCCGCCAUGGCCAAGAUCUAA